AUGACAAGCUAUACUUCGACCAAUCCCUCGAGCGGGGAGCCAAGGUCGCCCCUCUUUGGCACGGCAACUUUCUCCACGCUCUCCCCCACACAAACCCCCUACUCUUCCUCCAGACUGUCUUCUGAACGUUCCAUAACACCGAUUGGCUCCAACUACGACACCGAGCUCUCCUCGCCACGUCAAAUGCGCAGGAUCCUCGUUUCCCCCCCACCCUCGUCGAGGGAUUCCGACACUUACACCUACUCCGACGAAAACUCGAUGGACGACGCGGCUGAGGUGGAAGCCGCCCUCAGCAUGGUUGACGACGAAAUCGCCAACACUGAAGACGCACUGACGGAGUGGUCCCGCGGGGGCUCGUCUGUCGUAACGUCCUCGUCGUACACCGGCCAGUACAGCGCUACUACGUCUGCAACUCCUGCCACCUAUCUGUCGGGGGAUUACCGGUCGCUCGCGGACACCCUUCUCGACCGGGAGCGUAGGGUUCUGAGCACCAUUUCUGAGCAUACCGAGAACCCAUCGCGUCCGACGUCCUUUGCACAGUCUGGAAGUGGCCAGGGCAGCAGGCCGAACACGCUCUACUCUAUCCCUGGUGAGAGCAGGCGGUCGGUGAACUUGGAAGGACGAGUUUCUCCAGUUCUUCCCUCCCUCCAUACUCGUGCCGCUACAGACCCCAGUGGCACUCCCGGUGCUCACACCCCAGGGCGUGUCCUCAACGUCCCCGGUCGCCGUGCUGGAGAACUGAUCGCAUUUUUCGAGGAGAAGCAGACUACCACGGGCAGGGAAUCCCCCCGUCUGUUCGGGCAUACGCGUACGCUUUCUGCCCCAAUGGGCCCGCGUUCCCCCGCACCUCGCUCUCCCAGCCCCUACACGACCACGAUGAGCCCAUCCAUGUCGACGUUCGGACACACCGCAACUACGACUGGUUAUGGAUAUGGCAGCACGGCCGGAUACGGGACUUCGACCUACGGCUACAGCUCGCGACCGUCGUCCCCCACCAAGAGUAGAUCAGGCUCGACGGUGUCUUCUUCAGGCCCAAUGUCCUCUCUUCUUUCACCCCCGCCUCGCGGUCCCACAUCUCUAUCCGCCGACUCGAGAUAUCCUCCUACCAGCAGCGGAACGUUCACGCAAACGCGCAGUGGUCCAAGCACGUUCACGGGGACCGGUCCCACCGCGACCAGCUCAUACACCAACACGAAUACCUUCACGAGCUCGGGAUUCACCACGACGGCCACUCCGACUGCAUCCUCAUUGCGCAGGCCGCAAACUUCUCCGCGGUCGCCGCUCACGUCUGUGAGGAACAUCGUUGCAGCUUGGAAAGAACGCACGCCGUCCCUUGGCAAGUCCGUACGGUCCAACAACACGUCUCCGUCCCCGACCCAGGGAGACGGUCUUUUCAGUCUACGCAGACGCGCGGAGCGCGGAAACGCGCGUCUGAGAGACCGUGCGUUUGGCGGACUGGACGAAAGUGGCCGCCGAGUCGAAGGAGGUGGAUACGACGCGGAGAUGAGCACGAGUGGGGACGCAAGCAUGAGCGGAAGCGGCGCUCUUCCUCCUGCAUUCGACCUUUCGGAGCUCGGCCAGUACGCGAACGCGGGAGACGCCCAGGAGGUGAGU